GUCACCCUAAUACCAAAAAGAAGUGCAGAGAAUACGACUUUGAAAACAACAAAUAACAAGGGAGAAGCUGUUGUUGUUCCAGUACCGAAGGGCGCAUUUGUAAAUGUUAUUACCCCGGCCCUCCAUCGCAACCACGAGUUUACUCCAGAGAGGUUCCUUGGCAAUUGGCCAAAGAAGGCGUUCGCGCCCUUUUCUCUUGGCGGAAGAGCAUGCAUUGGGAGAAGGUUCGCUGAAGUUGAGUCAUUGGUUGUGUUGAGCAUGCUCGUACGCAAUUACCGUAUCUCAAUCAAAGAAGAACCACAGUUCGCCGGAGAGACGUUUAAACAACGUUAUGAACGUGUCUUUAAGGUCAAUGAUUCCUUGACCUUGACUCCGCAAAAACUUCCUAUAAC